AUGUUUCCCACAACAGCAUCCACGGGACCUCUAACUCAACGAACUAUCGAUCCUAAUGCCAUCGAUAUUACAUCACUUAAGGGACAAUUUGCUUGGGAAAAGAUACCACAAUGUGAUACCUAUAUGCCUGUGAUUUUUCGUGGUGAUACGAAAUAUUUUUGUGUUCGUAUGCUUCGAAAGAUUCUUCCAGAAUUUCCUGAAGAUAUUCUACGUCGCUCAUACCAAUAUCAUUAUAGAAAACCCAUUGAUAUAUACUCUGUCACGGCAUGUGAAGUUGAUCUAUUAAAUAGAAUCAACAGUCAUCAUUCACGGUGGACAUAUUCUCGACAACCAUUUACUGCACUCGAUGAAAUCGUUCGAGUUACGGACUUCGUUCCUUUUUACGAGCAACUCCGCGGUUUGAAAUCAUCUUCUGGGAUCAAUCCACCUAUACAGGCAUUACGACAGAUAUUACCACAAUCGCGAGCGCAGCCAAAUGUACAGCGACCGUCCGAGUCUACAAUCGGUAGAUCCGUUGUAACACAGAGACAACCAACAGCUCCCCAAGCAUCACAUACUCAGAUGCCACCACAUGCGUUGUCAACUAAUUCAAGGCCAACAGUAUCAGCGUCGAACGGACGACAACCAAAAUCUUUUGGAAAUCCUUACGCUGUUCUAAUACCAUCCCGAGCUUUACAGCCGCCGAUGCCAUUGAAUACACAUCCGCAACAAUCUACACCACUGUUGAUGAAUAAUAUGAUAAAUUGUGCGACUACAGUGCCUCCAAGCAAUGUUCCGUUUGUGUCGAAUACGAUGCUCACAACACCGAUGGUACCAUCAACCAAUGUUUCUUCUUCAUCUCCUACAACUACUUCGAUAUCUCCAAAUCUACCAUCCUCUAUUCAUUAUUCUCCUUCAUCUUCUUCCUCACCUAUUCUGCCAUCAACGACGCCAACAGUGCCUGUUAUGACUAAUCGAAAGCUAUCUACAUCAUCGUCGACAGCGCCGUUGCCACCACCGCAGUCCUCUACACCAUCGUCCACCACAUCCUCAUCGUCUUCUUCCUCAACAACUAUAACGUCAAAUACAUCGCCAUCGACGAAAUUGAAUCGUCUGCACAGUGGUUGGUUACAAGUGAACAAACUUUACACACCCUAUAUAUCAACAAGUGCAACAAAUCAUCACCUAUACAAACUCCCCGUAAGUUUACUAACGUUCUAUGAUCUUCUCAAACUUCCAUCCACCGAAACCAUUGAUCCUACAAUCGAAUCUCUGCUGCCGCAUGAACAAACGACUGCCACUAGUCAGGAACUCGAACUCAUCAAUGAACUUUGUGCGAAGCAGAAUAUAAAACCAUUCGAUACUGAUACGAAACUCAUCCAAUUAUCAGCAUUCUAUCGAUAUACGACCGCAAGCAUGAUUUUUGUCAAAGAGCUGCCACUUGAAGAACCGAAAGCAUCUAUUUGUAAGGAUUGGUCAUCAAUUGUACAAAUUAAUGGAGGAAUUUGUCGUCUGCGUAAUAUCAAAACUUUACAUGAGCAGACUGUGCCUUUUAUUGGAAGUAAUCUUUUGAAAAACUUCCUUCUAUCGCCGCAAUGUUUAUUGAACGCAUCAUUAACGAAACCUACAUCUUCGGAGACGGAAUUCCUACAAUUGAUCCUCUUCUUCAGUAAUCUAUCGAUGAAUUUACUCAAUUGUCAGUUGAUUGAUAUUGAAUCAGUAAAAAAAGAAUACAAUGUCGAUUUGAUUCUUUUAUUCAACGAUAAGUUUCCUGUAAAUGUACUGAACUAUCAACAAGGCAGUCGACUGAAUACAACAUCAGGAGCAAUCAUGCCGACGAAUCCAACAGCACCAACAAACACGAUUGCUGAAUCCACACCUCCUCCAUCACCACCAUCAUCUCCAACUAAUCAACCACAAUCAAAUGGUAUAUCUCAAUUGCCGUUAACAACAUCUGUAGCAGCAGCAGCAGCGGCAGCACAAAAUCGUUACCACAAAACUAUCCAAUUUCGUGGACAUACACUGACGGCGUUUGUUUGUUCUGGUAUUGGACCGAAUACUCAACGUGAGUGUGUGUCUAUUAGAUCCCUAUGCAAUAUUCUCUAUCCUGAUUCUCCUACGUUGGACAAACUCGAAAUGAAAAUGCUUCGUUUAUUGCGAUCGAAAAAUAUCAAUCGUUUUCGGCCACAAAAUCAAUCUUCGCUUGGCUUUACACGCUUGAUCGAUGUUAAAGACGCUGAAAAACAUUGGGAUUAUCUCGAACAAGAGAUGCGAACGAUGUUCAAUGGUAAACUAACGUUCGCAAGUGAUACUGGUGUACAAAACUGUCUUGUUAUAGAUAAUCAACAAACAAAUAAUCAUUCAAGUCCAUCAACAGUGACCAACGAUGAUGCGAAUCCAAAUACCGAGACUGAGAGAGUGGAGAGUAGUGAGCCAGUGCCAACCGAGGAAGCAAAUAAAGGUGAAAAACGGCCAUUGGAGAAAACAUUGGAUGAAGAGGACAUCCCUGUUUUGGAACGGAUCAAUAAACGUGUGCGAUUUGCAGCGGAAGAGAAUCAUGACCCAGUGACUGAUAAUACGAGAGAUACGGCAUGUUCAUUGACAAAUGGUGGAACAAAGAGUGGUGUUCAUUCAACCGAUAAACCUACGGAAAAGCGGCCAAUCAAAAUAAUACUGCCGAAAAUGAUAAAAAAACGUGCAUUGCCAUCAAAUCGAAUCAAUCGAAACUCGAGAGCGUCAUGGACUAAACGAUACAAUAUUGAAGAUUUUUGCAUACUACUAGAUAAAUGUGAUCCCGAAUUGAUACCCGAAAAAGAUUAA